AUGAAAGGGGACCUGGAGGAGGUGGAUAAUGUGCCAGUGGAGGUCAUCGUGGACAGCUCCCCCUGCAGCACCACCUGCGGGCUGGGGCUUAAAACUCAAACCGUGUGUUUGAUGAAAGACGGCGAGAGAGCGAUGGAAGAAGGCGGGAGGAGUGGAAACGGAGCAGAGGUGUCGGAGGCGUGUCGUGUUCGCAAGGUGAAGUGUCAGGAGUCGUGGCAGUGUGGCCUCAGGACGAUGACUGUGACUUCAGGGCAGAGGGUGGAGAUCGACUGUCUGGGAGAAGUCAUGCAGGCGAUGGGGAGGUUCUCCUGGAGGGUGUUGUGGCGUUAUGCCAGAGGGAUUAUCAGCUCUGAUGACUCCCUGUUUGAUCGCUGGGAGGCUCCUCAGCUGGACCGAGUGAUUCUGGACCCAGUUAGAGAGGAGGAUGCAGGUACUUAUCGCUGCGAUGUGCAGGAUGCCGUCUUCCGCAGGGUGAAGAGGGUUUAUUGGGGGAUCCGCGUUUUACCUGCAGGGGUCCUCAAUCUGGACUAUGACUGGAAACCAGCAGAACCAGACCGUGUAACACCAGCAUAA